AUGCUUGAGAACAAAAUUACGGCCUGCAGAAUGCCUACUGGAGCGAUGGGUGCGAACCAGAGCAGAGACAACAGCUCUCGUGGACGAGGCGGCAACCGCAACCGACGGGGGGGCUCGAAAACUGCCCCGCAGAGCUCCAGUGCAGGCAACGCUGCCGUCACAAAGCCCGAUGCCCAGGACGGCCAGGUCGUUGCAAAAUUGGCCGCCGACGAAACCGACGCUGACGACGGUACAGUAUGUUGGAUCUGCGCGGAGCCCGUCAAAUACUGGUCUGUCUCCGAGUGCAAUCACCGGACGUGCCAUGUAUGUGCUCUGCGCCUCCGCGCGCUCUACAAGAAGUUGGAGUGCACGUUCUGCAAGGUACGAACCCAACCCUCCGUGAUUUUCACCACUUCCCCCGAAGCGUUGUGGUCCUCGUAUACACCCGAUAACAUUCCUUACAAAGAUGUGAAGCUCGCAAUAUCGUUUGAAACCCAGGAGAUGAUGGAAGAGACUCUCAUUCUCUUGCGCUUCAAUUGCCCCGAUCCCGACUGCGAUGUCAUUGGAAACGGCUGGAGCGAUCUCAAGCUGCACACGCGCGCAACGCAUAGCAAGCUGAUGUGCGAUCUGUGCAUACGCUUCAAGAAGGUUUUCGCCCACGAACAUGCCCUUUACGACCCCAACGUUCUCCCCCUUCAUCUCCCCUCGAUGGCGCGUGGAUACCGACGGGAUCAUAAGCAGCAGCAAGUGGAAGGCGGCGUUCACCCGUAUUGCGAAUUCUGCCGUGAUUGCUUCUUCAGUGAAGACGAACUUUACGCCCACAUGCGUGAAAAACACGAAGAGUGCUUUGUUUGCAAGCGCCAAGAGAUAAAGGACCAAUACUUUAAGAAUUACGAAGCCCUUGAGGAGCACUUCAUGAAUGCCCACUUCCCUUGCAAGCGUACUGAAUGUCUAGCUCGCAAGUUCGUCGUCUUCGGCUCCGCGUUGGAUCUCAAGGCACACAUGGUCGAGGAACAUGGAGCCGAAAUGUCAGCACGCGACAAACGCGACGCACGCCGUGUCCAGACCGAGUUCGAAUUCGAAGAGGUUGGUGGUCCCGCUGGGCGUCGAGGACGGCGCGAUAGAGGGGACCGCGAGCGUGAGCGCGAGCCUCCUCCGCAUGUAUCCGCGCCUCCUGCUCAAGGUGGAGCAGGAGGGCGCCCCGGCGCGGCGGGGGCGCGGCGGCGGGAGGCUUUCGGAGGCAACCUCACCACCGAUGGUCCAAGCACUUCUGGGAAUGCGCAACAGAGACGCAAGAGCCCGUCUCCAGAAGCUGCGGACACCGACCCUCGAUUCACUGCGCUCGUAGGACGUUUGUCCAGUCUUGCUCCAAAUCCGACGGCCGCAAUACCAGCAGUCAAAGCAGCGAUUCGUUCCUUCCAAGCAAACGAGUCAGCGGCCAGGGACCUCAUCUCGACCGUGUGGAACAUCUUGGAUCGCAACCUGGAUGGCACAGCAAGCAUCGUGAACUCGCUUGUCGAUGUGAUCGAGGAAGAUGGCAAGAAGGCCGACCUGCUCGCGGCAUGGAACGGUUUCAAAGUCGAGCAACGCAAUCAGUUCCCGGAACUCGUUCCAACUGCCAUCGGAUCUGAGUGGGCAGGUGUUACAAGCGGUCGUGUCCUGAACGCGAAGCACUCUACAGCAACUCGUUCGUCUGCGCAGUCCUCUCGUCAGCUUUGGGACCGCCGUCUCACACCCUGGGCUGCUGCCUCCGCGGCCGCGCCUGCGGCUUCUGUCCCCGCCUUCCGCCCGCCAACCUCGGUUCCUGGUCCCGGAGCCAGCUCUCGACGCGCUCCUGCCUCCUUGUCUGCAUCCGCGUUUCCGGAGCUCCCGGGGAGCAGUUCCGCCCCUCGCGUUCCACGCGGUGCUGUGGGUGGGAACCAGAGCCUGAAGAAGAUCCUUGGGGAAAGCGCUCCUGUCCAGCCAGCGUGGAAGGCAAACGGAGCGAGCGGGAGCGGGAGCGCGUCUACGGGAACGGGGCGAGGGCGAGGGCGGGGUGGUAAGAAGAAGGGCAAGGGCAAGCAGAAACAGACUCUGUUCACCAUGGGCUCGUUCCCCACGUGA